GGGUGCGUGAGGCCCGGGAGCGCGGGAGGCGCGCGGGCAGCCCAGUUGCUCGCUUCGGCGGAGUUUCCAUCGGCCUUAACUUUGCGCUCCCGCUUCAGGUCAGGUGUCUGGUCCCUUCGGAAACAUGGCAGAAUAUUCCUACGUGAAGUCCACCAAGCUCGUGCUCAAGGGGACGAAGGCAAAGAGUAAGAAGAAAAAAAGCAAAGAUAGGACGAGAACUAGAGAAGAGGAUGAAAAAACCCAACUUGAUAUUGUUGGAAUCUGGUGGACAGUAACAAACUUCGGUGAAAUUUCAGGAACCAUAGCCAUCGAAAUGGAUAAAGGAACCUACAUACAUGCACUUGACAAUGGUCUUUUCACAUUGGGGGCCCCACAUAAAGAAGUUGAUGAGGGCCCCAGUCCUCCAGAACAGUUUACAGCUGUCAAAUUGUCUGAUUCCAGAAUUGCCCUGAAAUCUGGCUAUGGGAAAUAUCUUGGUAUAAAUUCAGAUGGACUUGUUGUUGGGCGGUCAGAUGCAAUUGGACCAAGAGAACAGUGGGAACCAGUCUUUCAAGAUGGAAAAAUGGCUUUGCUGGCCUCAAAUAGCUGCUUCAUUAGAUGCAAUGAAGCAGGUGACAUAGAAGCCAAAAGUAAAACAGCAGGAGAAGAAGAAAUGAUAAAGAUUCGGUCCUGUGCUGAAAGGGAAACCAAGAAAAAAGAUGACAUCCCAGAAGAAGACAAAGGGAACGUAAAGCAGUGUGAAAUCAAUUACGUAAAGAAAUUUCAGAGCUUCCAAGACCACAAACUUAAAAUAAGUAAAGAAGACAGUAAAAUUCUUAAAAAGGCUCGGAAAGAUGGAUUUUUGCAUGAGACCCUUCUAGACAGGAGAGCCAAAUUGAAAGCCGACAGAUACUGCAAAUGACCGGGAUUUUUGUUUCUGCCCUUUUUCUUUUUUUCUGAAUAAAAUAUUAGAAGUGCUUUUA